UCUCCAAGUUUCUUUCCCUCGAACAACUACGAUUUUUGAAUGCCAAGAGAACGAUACCAUCGUCAGCUCUCGCUGACGGCCACGACGCCAUGGAACUCAGCGCACCUCCACCAGGGGGAGAGACGCCGGCGCCGGCGGAUUUCGAGGUGUUGCAGCACAGACUCGUCGACAUCGGUUCCAAGGUCGAUGAGAUGGGAAGGAGAGUGGAUGAGGUGGAGAGCUUUUUUGAGAGAAAGAAGCAGUUGAGUGAUUCUGUGAAGAAAACGGCUGGGAAGGGCAAGGGUAAGAAGGUGGGGAUUAAGGUUCCGGAGGAUGAGGUUGAUGCUGAAUUCAUGGACGUUGAUGUCAGUGAUGCAGCGCCGACGAUGAGGAUGCAGGAAAUCAUGCGUCGGUUCGGCAGGAUUUUAAAUCAGAUCUUACAACACCAGUGGGCUGAGCCUUUCAUGGAUCCUGUUGAUGUUGAAGGUCUUCAGCUUCAUGACUACUAUGAGAUAAUUAAGAAACCUAUGGAUUUCAACACCAUCAAGACUCGGAUGGAAGCAAAGGAUGGCACUGGAUACAAAAAUGUUCGGGAAAUAUAUGCUGAUGUCAGAUUAGUCUUUACAAAUGCUAUGACCUAUAAUGGCGAGAAGAAUGAAUAUCAUAUAAUGGCCAAAACUUUGCUGCGCAAAUUUGAAGAUAAGUGGCUCCAUUUACUGCCAAUGGUCCUUAAAGAGGAAAGAAAACAAGAGGAGUCACAGGCGCUAGCUAAAGUAAAUAGGCAGAUUGCUGAAGAGGCUGCUAUCAUAAAAAAGGCACAGGAUACAAAUAAUGAGCUUACUAAGCUCAAUUUGCAUUUAGAGGAACUUAGAGAAAUGGUGGUGCAUAAAUGCAGGAAAAUGUCUGCAGAAGAUAAAAGACAACUCUCGACUGGGCUCUGUCACUUGCCUUUUGAGGAAAUCUGCAAGGCAAUUGAGAUUGUUGCUAAAAAAGACCCCAGCUUUCAUUCAAAUAUUGAAUUUGUGGAUCUCGACUUGGAUAAACAGAGUGAGAGCACAUUAUGGAAGCUGAGGUUGUUGUUGAAGGAUGCAAUGCAAAAUCAUCAAUUUCAGAAAUUCCCAGACAUGUUUGAUGAAGCUUCAAAGCAGAAGAAUGUACCUAGAGUUAGCAAGAACUCAAAGCGCAAGAACCAAAACAAUGCCAAGAUCAUUAACUUUAAAGAAAAGAAAGGAGAUGUGUGAGACACCCACACCCACCAUAGAUGGUAAAUAAAGGAAAAUUGCAUGCCUAAUUACUGUAGUCGUCCUUUGCUGUGGGAAUCCGAAUCCAUUUCAAACUCGUUAAACUAAUUGACCCUUGUUAUAGAGCCCUUUGGCUGAAUACUUAAUAUAGUGUAUAUAUACAACUCUUAAAGUUGAGUGUCCCUUGGUAUAGUCAUUUGGCUAAAAAUACUUGAUCCAGUGUAAAUGUAUGUAGCUAAGGAACUCGAACAGAUAUUUAAUCGUCUUUUC